AUGAACAAAGAUGCGAAUUAUGCCGUCCAAAGUUCGGAAGAUCUCGCAGACCUAGCAAGUGAACUGAUAUCUUCCACAACAGUUCUACAUAUCAGUCAGGAAGAAAUUAACGAGGCUGUGGCAUUGGCAGAGUCUUGGGGGGAUGCUCCAGCAGCAGAUGGAAUCCGUAGCAUGCAAUAUGCCCAGUGUAUAUUCAAAGAUCACAAGAUCAGGCCGUAAAAUAUCGGUCGGUCACGGACAUUGUCCGACCCAUUCGUGAAAUUUUGUCCGACCCAUUCGUGAAAUUCGGACAUUGUCCGCCGUAGAGAGGAAACCCCUGGACAUUCUGUCCGACCUAAGUGAAACUGAGGUUUAAUGUUUGUCCGACCGGAGUGUAUUGGUGUCCGACCGAACUGUAGCUUUGUCCAACGUAAAUCGAAAUGUACCCCAGUCCAGAACUAGAGGCUUGUAUGUUAAAUGGAAAAUCAGAGUACUAUUGUAUAAAGGUGAACUGGAAAUGUUGUUUUAACAUAGUCGAGUGCGGGGCGGCGAAUGAAAUGGUGAAGUGGAAAACGGGCUUGAGUUGUCGAAGUCUUUUUUAAUAUUGCUGUUCGGAAAGCAAGUUAAUUUUGGCUUGGAAAUAAUCCUAGUACCGGUAUCUAAUCGCCAUUGGUUUUCACAGAAAUUUGUAUAUGAUCUUAAUAGAGUGUCAAUUGCUGCAAUAUUUCAUGUAUUUUUCAUUAUUUUGUCAUUUCCAAGUUCACAAACUUUUGAACUUGUUUAGAGAACUUAACAAAAAAGAUAAAAUUGUGAGCCACACACGUGACAUGCCACAUUUGCCUCGGUAUCUGAAAGAAGAGAAGUGAACAAAGUUGACCCAUGCAAGACUCCAUAAAUAUCUUAUAAUAUUGCUAAAGCCCUGAACAACAACAACAACAACAACAACAACAACAACAACAACAACAACAACAACAACAACAACAACAACAACAACAACAACAACAACAACAACAACAACAACAACAACAACAACAACAACAACAACAACAACAACAACAACAACAACAACACAAUGGUUGUGUGAAUGUCACACACGUGACACACGGAGAAUCGCCCUACUGCAGUAUGUCUCUCGAUACAUUCUUAAGUUUCAUAUUAUUAGCAACGAGUUUCUUGAAUGAAUACGUGGCUGAAUGUUAA